UCACAAGUGUAUGGUAACCUCCCCAAGAGAAUAAGAGUGGGAAGUCCAUUCUUUCCUCCAUGGUUCAUUCCUGUUGACCUUCUGUUUGUCCCGCUCUACACUGGCUUGGUCAGAGAUCUCACCCACUCAGAGAUAUACUGAUCCAUAAUGCCUAGUUGGACUGGAGCUUAUUGAUGAUAGAGUCCCACUUCUUGGAAGAAAACUAGAAAUGAAGAGAUUAUUUGCUUCUCAAAUACACCAAACAACAGAAAUGCAGGAGUGAAUGCAGCAGCCAAAGACUGCAACAACAGCAGAGUGACAACAGAGAGACCAGUAAUAGAAUUCUUUCUAAAUAUACACAAGGACAUAGGGAUGAAGGCAGAAGUCUGAUAGAAGUAGCAGUGAAGAGUUUAACCGUCUAUACAGUCAUUGCAACAAUGUAAAUGAAAGAAUGAUACACUGAAAAUCAAAAGUAAACGCAACCCCAUUAUGAAGAUCAAAGAGGGUUUGAUUACAAAAGAGAUGAGAAGAUAUUCAACAUUUGAUUGAAGUGGGAGCUCCACAGAAAAGCCAGACUGAACGGCAGGGAGACCCUGGCCCUCUGGGAGCAAAUGCAGAGGCCACUCUAAAGGAUGGGCGCUACCUCCUUCCCAGCCCUUGUCUCCACCUCCACCUCAGCCUUGGCCGGGAAUGGAAGGUCUGAAAACAGGAGGACGCCACAAUUUGGCUCAGCUCUGACUGCCCGGCUGGUGGUCACUGUGGGGGAGUGGAGGUUGCUAUGAUAUGCUUUGCUGCCUCUUCACUUCAUUGGUCAGGAAGCUGAAGAGAGGAGAGUUCAGAGACUUCUCCAAGUUACACCAAAGUGCAAAGCAGCCUAGGGAAGAGAAAUCAGGUCUCUGAAGUCCAAUGUUCCUGGUCCCAUUCAAGCUGAUGUACAUGUGCCUAAGAGUGAAGGCAGCAGAUGGAAGUGACCCAAGCCUGGGGUUUGGAGGGCAAUCUGGGUGAUAUGAUCAAAGUGAGAGAAGGACUCAGAAGAUAGGGCUGGCAAAUGUUUGAAGCAGGAUUCAAACAGACUGAUGCCUGUCACUCUAACCCUGCCCUAUAUCAACUCUAGUGCCCUGCUUGAAAAGCCUUCCAGGAAAGAAUAUCCAGGAGACAGAGAGCUCAUUACCUUCCAUUCUACUUUGGGACAGCUCUGAUUGGUAAAUUUUCACAUCUAGCUGAAAUAUACCUCUGUAACUCCCAUCUUUUCCCUACUCCCAGUUCUCCUAGUUCUGUCCUGAGGACAAGCAAAAGGAGUCUCAUCCCUCUUCUCAGCACAAUAAUAUUAUUUAUGUAACACUUUAAGACUUGCUAAGCUUUUUACAAGUAUGAUCUCAUUUGAUAUAAUAAUUCUGAAAGGCAAGUUCUUUUAUCAUCCCCAUUUUGCAGGUGAAAAAAUUGAGGCAGACAGAUGAUUUGUCUAGUCUCACACUUCAUCACAUUCAUGUCUUCCUUUGAGUAAAAGCCCUUCAGCUUUUGAACUGCUUGGACUUGCUCUCAGGGCCCACCCUAAAUACCAUCUUCUCCAAGCAGAUCAUCCCCAAUUCAUUUGAGCUAGUUUUGAGCCUUCUCACUAUGCUAGCUGCAGCCCAGCUUAUGUUGCCGGACCCAAAAUGUGGUGCCCAAGCAAGGUCUGACCAGGGUAAAGCAAAGGCCUUCCUUUCUGUAUCCCUGCUUCUUCUCAUUCAGCCCUAUGUCUCCUUAGACCGCUCACGUUGGGCGUGUUGCUCAAUGCUGAAGUCUAAAAAGGAGAGGAUUUUCUGUCCUAGAGGGGCUUAGGUUCCACUGAAUCCAGUCUACUAAUAGGACUGAAACAAUUGAACAACCAAGCCCCUGGAAUCCAAGGAUUGAAAAGGACUGGACAGACUAGGCAGUCCAACCAACCCUGAAUUGGGUUCUUUCCUUCCUCCUCUCUUCCAUCUCAUACUUGGUAGUUAGUUUUUCUAAACUCAAGGGGCAGGGCUGGACAUUUAUUUCCAUUUGGCUUCACUGAAUUAGCUUGAAGCCCAGUACUGAAGUCUGUCAAGGUCUGCCUGGAUUUUGAUCCUUUUGAAAUUAGAACUUGUCAAUAGAGGAAGAGGGGAAUCCUGGGAGUGACUGAGCAUGGAGCAGGGGUGGGUUCAUCUUAGCCUAGUUCCUGCUUAGAUAAUUGCCUGCUAGACACCUGGCUUAGUUACUUGUUGGCUGUAGGACUUGAUCAUUGGUCUUGGAACCAAUACACAGUAUUGAUUCUAAGAUGGAAGGUAAGAGUUUUUAUUUUUAAAAAUGUUUAUUGCCUGACUGACUCUAACACCUUGGCCCCAACCUAUGCUUCUAACUUUAUUGUACAAUCUUUCUUCUUCAUUCACUCUGGCCUCCAGCCAAGUUCUUCUUUCUCUAGGCUCCCUCCAUAGAAUCUCAGAACCAUAUUCUUCUCUGCUUCUCUUCUACAUGAAGCUUUUCUUCCUUAUCCUUAGCAGUUACUAAGGGAACCCCCUGCCCAAAUAACUGACCAUAAGGCUAUCUUGAGUCAUCUUGUACAGGAAUUUGUAAACAUAGAUUGUAAGGUCUGUGAGGGUAGCCACUGAUUCAUUUCUGUCUCUGUCACUGUCACUUAGCACAGUUUCAGGCAUAUAGCCUAAUUAUUAGGUACCUGAUUAAUGCUAGCUGAUCAAAUGACUGAAUGCAGCCAUUGUGAUGGUCCUCACAUUCACCUAUAUUCUUAGUCUUUUGUUAAUCAGUAAUUUCAGCUUAGACUGUGAAAGUCUCAAUAUACUCCCCUGGCUGCAGAGCACCUCAACUGUCUGUCUGUCUGUCUGUCUGUCUUCCCUGCCCCUCCCCCCUACCUUGUUACCAUGUCUCUCUUCUCAAUGCCACUGCCCCCUCUCAUCCUUCCAUCUCCCCCUCUCAUGCCCCAAAGGGAGGUACCAGAUGAGAUAACUGGGGUGAGGGUUGAGGGCACAGGCCUGGGGCUAGCUAGGAUGAAGAUGGUUUUCUGUGCUCUGAAAGGAACACUUUGUCCAUUGUCCCCUCUUCCAGAGGCUGGUACUGCAUCCUCAGGGGAGGGUGGGAAGGGAGGUGGGGCCUGAUCUCAGCAGGACACAGGGAAAGGGUGGGUGUGAGGAGCAUUUUUCUCUGUCUGGGGAGAAGGAGAAAUGGACUCUUGCCCUGGAUGCUUCAAAUGUCCUGGUUAAGAUUGCAGCCAAAUCAUGCUGACAUUCUUCACAGAGAAGCAAACUCUUCUCUCUGGUGCUUCCUCUUGACCCUCCCUGUCUGCGUGUCCUGAGAAUUGGACCAUGAUACAAAUUUAUAGUGUUCUUGAGCUACCAUAUUACUAAGCUUAAUAUGACUCAUAGGUUCUUAGAAGUGAGGGGACACUUCAGAUAUCCAUUUCAACCUCCAUUUUCCUGUCUAUAAAAUGGAGCCAUCUCUGACCACCCAUAUCUCAACAAAUCUCCACUAAACAAUCUCUAUCAUCAUCUCCCCUUUUAUACCUUUAGGUAUAGAAAACACACUACUUUUCUGAUCAGUCUAUUCUAUUUUGAGAUACAUGGAAUCCUUAGGAAGUUUUAAGGCUUAUACCUUUUGAGUUAGAAGGGAAUUCAGAAUUUAUCUGGGACAAAUAUCUGAUUUUGUAGAGCUGAAAACUGAAGAAAACCAAAGAGAAGAAAUUAAUUGCCCAGUAAUAAUAAUAGGUAGGGUUUUAAUUCAUGUCCUCUAUGUUGUCAGUGACAGAGCCAGGAUUCAAAUCCAGGUCCCUUUCCUUCUACAUUGCCACAUGACUGUUGUAACUGGAAUUCAAUUUCCUAUACUUCUCUCAGCUGACCCUAGAUCUAUGUAAACUCCCAGCUUUUGAAGCAGCCACAUCAUUUUAUUGAUUUAUUUUACUCUUCAAAGUCCUCUCAAACACUAAGGUGUUCCAUACAUGAACUACUUUUUAGUGGAGAGAACGGAACAAACAUGUAUUAAGCACUAUGUUCUAGGCACAGUGCUAAGAGCUUUACAAAUAUCCUUUCAUUCUGACAAUAUCACUGAUGACUGAAUGAGAGGACAGAUAAUAGAGACAAGAAUAAACAUUUCUUUCUAGGAGUUUGACUAGAUGAGAGGAGAUUAUAAUUAUUGCCACAAUAAUAAUAGUUGACAUUUGACAGAGAGAGUACUUUAAGAUUUAUGAAGCAUUUUAACAACCCAGGGAAACAGGUGCUAUUAUUGUUAUUACAUAAGCUAUGAUAGGGAUAAAUGUAAAGUUCCUUACUCAGGUUCAAAAAGUCAAUUGAUAUAAACAGGAUGGGGGAAAAGGGGGAUGGUUUGUCAGAAUCAACUGAGAGUAAGGACUUUGAGCAAGUCACUUAACACCAACUGUCUAGCCCUUUGCCUUAGAAGCUAUACUUAGUCAUCAAUUCUAAAACAGAAGGUAAAUUUUAAAGGAAAAAAAAAUCUUUUACAAGCUGGCUCCAGUUUCUCUUUCUAAUCUGAUUUGACAGCAGCACCUUCUCAUCUGUCAGUUAGAUCUCUAAGGCCUCUACAUCUGACCUCAGUGCCUUUACCUGCUCUCUGGAGUGCUUCCCCUCCCUCCUCUUUACCCUGGAAUCCCUAGAUCCUUUGAAGAUUUUAGUUCAAGGCUAAACUGAAGUCCUAUCUCUUACCCCAAGCUCUUGAUCUAAUUUUUAAUGGUCUCCUUUUCCCUACUAAGUUACUUUGUAUUAACUGCUGGUAUAGUUUGUAUUUACUUACCCUCCUUUCCCUUAUGUAGAAUGUAAGAAAGACAUGGGUUUUGUUACUAAUUCAGUAUUUGUUUAUUUUUGGUUUUAAAAAAAUUCUCCCACCCACUGAGAAGGCAAGCAAUAUAUUAAUUACACAGAUGAAAGCAUGCAAAACAUUUCAAUAUUAUCCAUUUCACAAAAAGGAAGAAAAAUAAAGUGAGAAAAGUAUAUUCACAAUAUUUUAUAUUAAAUAACCCUUAUCUUCUGUCUUAGAAGUGAUACAAGUAUCAGUUCCAAGGCAUUAGUGUUUAGGGACAAGGAGUAGGCAAUUGGAAUUAAGUGACUUGCCCAGGGAUACACAGCUAGGAAGUCUGAGAUCAGAUCUGAAGGUAAGUCCUUCCUGGAUCUUUUCUCCACUGAACUACUUAGCUGCUCCAUCCAGAAUAUUUUAAGUGCUUAAUAAUGCCUUAAUGAAUUGAAUCAUUAGCUUCAGCCCAGGAUGGGAGCCAGUGGUUCUUUUGCCUGAGAGGGAGAGAAUCCCUAUUCUGUCUUUGGAUAACUGUAUGGCUCUCAGAUUGAUGUCAUUUCCUAAUCUGAUAAAUUGACCAUGCAAGUCUUUAAAUCGAGGCUUAGAUCCAAAAGCUGGAUUCCCUGCUCCUCCUCAUAUCAUCUGUGCCCUAAUUCUUUCUCACUCUUUGCCUGAGGUCAUCCGAAUCCUAGUCUUCUAGUUUGGACUGAGGUCUCUCAUCAGUCGCACACAUCCACAUGGGGUCUAAAAAGACAUUGUGGGAGGCAUCAUCCCUCAUUGCUGCAAUCCUUUGGCAUCCUUCUGGUCUGCUAGUCUAGUAACCCUGGACAUACUCCGUCUUGGUAACAUCUUCCCUAAAAUAUGAUGCCCCAAAACAAACCCAAUCCUCCCACUGUGGUUUGGCCCAGACAAGGACUAAGGCUCUCACCUCCCACAUCCUGGAUCUUACUGUGCCUUUCUUAAUCCAGUCUAUGACUUUUUCUUUUCCUGACUGAACCUGUUGAAGGAACUUCCUGGGGAAGAUGAAAUUUAAGAGUCUUUGAAAAGCCCCAGAAAUAUGGAGAAGUUAAGUGAUUUAUCCAGGAUCACAUAGCAAGGAUACUUCAGAGUCUUGCUGGAACCAAGGCAGCUCUGCAGCCACUACUCUAUCCAAUUUCUACAAUUAACUUUUUCAAUCUCAAUGUUUCAAUCUCAAAAUUUGCGUUCGUCUCCAUUAAGCGUUAUCAGAUUAUUCAUCCUUUAAAGUUGCUUUGCCUUUUUUUUUUAGCUCUCAAGCAAUUGUCAGCACACCCAACCCAAACACAGCUAGGUGGUAAAAUUAUUAGACAGCUAUAUCUGGAAUCAGGAAAACAUGAGUUCAAAUUCUGCCUCAGAUACUUAUUAGCUAUGUGAUCCCAAUGGGCAAGUCACUUAAUUUUUCUUUCUCAAUUUUCUCAACUGUUAAAUAAGGAUAAUAAUAGCACUUAUCUUUCAGGGUCAUGGUGAGGACUGAAUAAGAUAAUAUUUGUAAAGUGUUUAGCACAAUGCCUAACUAUAGGUGCUUAAUAAAUGUCCCUUUCAUGUGGUAUAGUGGCCAAAACCAGGUUUGAUCUAGUGUCAUGAAUUUGAAUCUUGGCUCUGUCACUUAAGAUCUGUGUGGCUUUGGGUAAGUCCCUUACUCCCUCUGUGACUCAGUUUCCCUCAUAUAUAAAUAAGAAGGCUAAGACUCGAUAGCCUCCAUCAUCCCUGUCAGUGCUAGAUCUGUGAUUCUGAGCUCUUAUCUUUAUAUUCCUGGCCAGCCUCAGAUUAUUUUGUACAUGUUUAACCUGAUGACAUUCUUAUAGGACUGUGCUACUUAAAAAACAAACAAACAAAAAACACUUCAAUUCCCUGCAUUUGUUUCAGGUCUUUGGGAUGUGAAAAUAUUUUGAAAAUGUUAACUCUUUUUAAAAAAAUUAAAUUUUAAUUUAUUUUCACAUUCAGAUUCUCUCCUGAUCACUUCCUGCUCCCUACUAAUUGAGAAAGGAAGGAAAAUAGUGCUCCUGUUACAAAUUCCCACAAUGCCCUUGACCAUCUGUCCUUUGAGUCUAUCAGCUCUCCAUCAGGAGGGCAGCAUGUUUCAUCAGGAAUCCUCUGAAAUUGUGGUUGGUCAUUGUGUUGAGCAGAAUUUCUAAGUCUUUCAAAGUUGUUGGUCUCUACAAUAUUGUUGUUAUUGUAUAAAUUACUCUCUGGGUUCUGCUGGCUUUUCUCUGCAUCAAUUCACUUAAGUUUUCCCAGGCUUCUCUGAAACCAUCUCCUUCAUUAUUUCUUAUAGUCUAGCAGUAUAAGAAGGCACCUUUUCAGAGUCUGAGCUCCCUUUGUAACCACAAAAGUCCCUUUCUGUUCCUUCCCUUUUUUCCUCCUUAGAACUUCUUGGAGUUGCAUCAGUGGAUAGGGAGGGAGAUAGAUGGGUAGACAGAUACAGAAUUUUAAAGUAUUUAUUAUGCAUUCUAUGGGACAGCUAGGUGGUACAGUGCAUAGAGGGCCUGGCAUAGUCAGGAAGAUUGAUCUUUCUGAGUUAAAGUCUGACCUCAGACUCUUACUGUCCAUGUGAUCUUGAGCAAGUCAUUUAACUGUGUUUGCCUCCAUUUCCUCAUCUAUAAAAUGAACUAGAAAAGGAAAUGGAAUAAACAUUACAGUAUCUUUGCCAAGAAAAUCCCAAAUGGAGUCAUGACAAGUUGGACAUGACUGAAAAGCAAUUCAACAAUAAUUGUGCUACAUAUACUGAUAUAAAUAAGCAAAAUAAUCCCUGCUCUCAAGGAUCUUAUAUUCUGAUGUAAACUGUAAAGAGCUUAUAUUCCAAUGUAAACUAUAAACACUUAAGGUUGCUGGGAAAUGGGGUUAAUAAAUGGAGGUGUCAACUAGAAAAAACAGAACUAUUAAAUAGUCAUCAAAAAUCACUCUUUAAUCAAGGGAAAAGGGGUUAGCGCUACUAAUACAACAACAGAGCUGCUUUCCAAGACUGCACAGAGUCAAGACGCCCUGGUCACCAGCCCCUGGGAGUGCCACCCACUCAGGAUGGACUCCGAGGAACAAAAGAACUUGGGGAACCUAUAUACCACUCUAGGUGACCUGGGGGCUUUAGGAUUAGAGGGACAGUUGAUUGACUUUACAAUGGUAAGAAAGGAAAAUGAAGAGUUCCAGACAGGAAUAAUAGUGAGGGGCUGGGGCCCUACAAUGGACACAAAAGGGAAAGACUCAGCCUAGGGCUGGGUCACCUUGGUCAUGGACCUUAGCCUAGGGGGAGAAACCAUUGGGACAAAAGGGAUGUUCGAUAUUGGAUGGGAUUAGCUGUUCCCACCCAAACUACCAGGAAGUUCACUGUCUGGUGAAGAGGGACCUUUCCUCAGGGGGAAACCUCUCCUGUGACAAGGCCAAAACCUGGGGUUUCUACACUCAAACUAAAUAAACUGGGGAUCUCUAUAUUUCCAUGUUGACAGAGGCAAUAAAUGGAAAAAGAGGUAUAAAUGGAGGUAAACAGAUGGGUCUGGUACUCACUCCAGAGAUGUAUCAGAGGCAGGUCUUGAACUCAGGUCUUCCUGAAUGAUGCUACCUUCUAAAAGUAGGGAACUAUAAAGAGCUAUCCCAUUAUUAUGAGUCAUUAGUCACAUUAGUCACAUGUUGAGCUAUUGUCCAGGGAAAGGGUCAGAGAAACUCACUUCAAGUCCUGCCUCUACUACAUACUUAAAUGACCUUGGUUCUUUUUGUUUGUUUAAACUUACUUUUUAACUUAACUUACUUUCUGUCUUAGAAUCAAUACUAAGUAUUGGUUUCAAAACAGAAGAGCAGUAAAAACUUAGUAAUGAGGAUUAAAUGACCUUGCCAGGGUCACACACCUAGGAAGAGUCUGAGGUCACAUUUGAACCCAGGACCUCCCACUCCCAGGUAUCCACUGAGCCACCUAGCUGCCCCCACCUUGGUUAUUAAAGGGCUUAACAACUCCAGAUCUCCAGGGUCUUCUGAGAAGAUUGAAUGCUCUGUUUCUAAAGCCCUUUUCAAUGCUAAAUCUAGGAUCUUAAGAAUUUCACCAUUUUCCUUGAUCUCUCAUGAACACUUAAUAGGAUUCAUAAUUGGGUGGGUCUUUGGAAACCAUGGGGCCCAGCCCAUCCUCCACCCCCAUUUUACAGAGGAAAAAACCAAGGUUACAAAAUGUAAAGUAAUUGGAUGAGGUCACUCCCUCUCAAACCUGUCAUUAUCUCUACCUUGGUGAACAGUUCCUCUUUCUUGGUCAGUCAGAUCCAAAAUAGUAGCCUCCCUUACCAUAUUUAAAAAGAUCAGAUAAAAAAAAAAUCCAAUCCCCAUGGUAAUGGGUCAAGCAUUCAUCCCCAGCAGCAGUAACUGUAGCAGCUGUCCAGAAAGGUAAAUGUCCCCCAUUCCUAGACCAGCCUAGUUCCAGGUUGGCCAGCUUUGUGAUCCAAGCAUUAGAGCCCCUAGAAAAGUGAUCCCAUUCAACUUUAUCUUCCUUCACCUGAGAUGAUACCUGGGGCCAAUCAGAGAAAUGCCUGCAAGAUUUGAUGACUGUAUGGUUCUAGAAUAGGUUCUGGGCUUCUAAAGGGCCAAGAUUUUAGGAGUCUUUCCAAGGUUUUAAGAAUCAAGAUUCUAGAAGUCUAAAGUUUGGGAAGUCAAGUGUUCUGGGAAAUCUAAGGUUCUAAGAGAAUGAGGUUUUUAGUGGCUUAAGGUUCUCAUUGUUCAAGGAUUUGGGAGUUGUUUUACUGUUCCAAGUGUCUAGGGUUGUAAUUGUCUGAGGUUCUGAGAAUCUGAUGUUCUGAGAGGCUUGAGGUUCUAGGGGUCUGUCUCAGCUUUUAGGAAUUUAGCUAAGGUUUGAAGAAUUUCAGGUUCUGAAUGUUAUAAAGUUCUAAGAGUCUCAGGUUCUGAAAAUCUGAUCUUCUGAGAGCCAUAAGAUUCUAAUCUAACGUUUUAGGAGUAUAUGAAUACAGGUAAUCUAGUUUAGAUAAUUAGAAGCUAGAUGGUACAUUGGAUGAGUGCCUAGAAUCAGGAAGAUUCUUUUUCCUGAGUUCAAAUCUGGCCUCAGACCCUUACUAGCUGUGUGACCCAAAAUGAGCUGGAGAAGGAAAUGGCAAACCACUCCAGUAUCUUUGCCAAGAAAACUCCAAAUGGGGUCAGGAAGAGUAGGAUAGGACUGAAAAAUGACUGAACAACAAUAGUCUAUGUUCUUUUGAGUGCUGGUUGUGACUUGUUAGAGCUGAAGGGUAGGUGGGACUGGAAAGAAAGAGGAUUCCUGUAGAGAGGGAAGGUCUCUUAGGACUUGAACACUUCUUUUCUCUGAAUGCCUAUUGCAAAACAAACAGCACUUUACCUCAGUAAUGGCUUUAAAGUAUCACCCUGUCACUGGAGGCGUACCACCCACCAUUCAGCCCUUCUGCAUGGCUCCUAGAAGGCUAGGAAGGUGGGAUGGGAAUUUUUAUCUUACCUUGAAUUGAGAACCUAAAACAUUUUGUUCCUCUGCUGAAUCACCAUCUUUCUGAUCUCCUUUGGCCCUCUCUACCUCUGCCUUCUGGAACUGGCCAGUACCAGUUAACUUACUGUACAGGGACUCCUUGGAGGAUUGAGAGCAAUCAAUCCUCUCUCCCACCUUGAGGGUAAAUUUCUUGAAAUUUGCUUUGGCACAAAGAAGGAACUUAAAAAAUAUUUGAAUUCAAUCAAAAGGAAGUUACUAAGAGGAUGUUUUUUAAGAGGUAAGAAAAGGGGGCAGCUUGGUGGCUCAGUGGCUCAGUGGAUUUAAAGCGAGGCCUAGAAACAAGAGGUCUUGGAUUCAAGUCUGACCUCAGACACUUCCUAGCUAUGACCCUGGGCUAGUCACUUCACCCCCAUUCCUUAGCCCUGACUGCUCUUCUGCCUUGGAACCAAUACCCGAAGGUCAGAGUUUAAAAAAAUGAAUAAAAGGUAAGAAAAUAAUAAAAGUAGUCUAGUCAGAGUAUAUAUGCAUAGAAUUGUACCAACUGUGUUUUAGUUUUGGUAGCCAGUCUGGUGAAGCCCCUGGACCCCUCCUCAGAGUCAUGUUAUUAAAGGCCCCAUAUACAUUACACAAUGGUUACCAGGGAAACCAAUUCUCAUGAAAUUACAGUCUUCAAAAUUUUUGAAACAUGAACCCCAAGCUGAGAACCCCUGCUCUAGAAGAACACCAUGUCAGGACACAGGGACUGACUGGAUGAGUAUAAGAGAGGACAGGAUUCCAGUCUGACCUUUUGAUCUCUUAAUGACUAUUCAUUUCAGAGCAAGCUAGGAAGAAACAUAAAGCUCAUUAAGUUCCUCUUGUUCUUCUUUCGAUGAAGAUGAGACGUCAUAAACUCUUUCUGACUCUCUGUAUGGCUGGCCUGUGCCUCAUCUCCUUCCUGCACUUCCUUAAGGCCCUGUCCUAUGUCACCUUUCCCCGGGAACUGGCCUCCCUAAGUCCCAACCUGGUAGCCAACUUCUUGUGGAACAAUGCCCCAAUUACACCUCAAGCCAGCCCAGAGCCUGGGGGAGCAGUGGGCCCUGAGCUGCUCAGAACUCCACUCUAUUCCCACUCUCCCUUGCUACAACCCUUGCCCCCGAUGGGGGCCACUGAGGAACUCCAUCGGCUGGAAUUUGUGCUGCCUGAGGACAGGGCAGAGUAUUUUGUCCGCACCAAAGCUGGUGGGGUCUGCUUCAAGCCAGGUACCAAGAUGUUGGAGAAACCCACAGCAGGGCAGAUAGAGGAAACACUUGAGGCUGGAGAUGGCUCCAACUCUGGGGGAACAGCCCGCCGCCCACUGACAGUUGGAAACUGGCUGGCCAAUGGGAAGCCUAAGGGGAAGAAACGUCGGAAGUGGGUGGAAUGUGUGUGUCUGCCUGGCUGGCAUGGGCCAAGCUGUGGGGUGCCCACUGUGGUUCAGUACUCAAACUUGCCCACCAAGGAGCGCCUGGUGCCCCGGGAGACCCCGCGGCGGAUCAUCAAUGCCAUCAACGUCAACCAUGAAUUUGACCUGCUGGAUGUGCGGUUCCAUGAGUUGGGUGAUGUAGUUGAUGCCUUUGUGGUUUGUGAAUCCAACUUCACUGCCUAUGGAGAACCUCGGCCUCUCAAAUUCCGUGAGAUGCUUCGGAAUGGCAGCUUUGAGUACAUCCGCCACAAGGUUCUCUAUGUCUUUUUGGACCAUUUUCCACCAGGGGGUCGUCAAGAUGGAUGGAUUGCUGACGACUACCUGCGGACCUUCCUGACCCAGGAUGGCAUAUCCCGCUUGCGCAACCUUCGCCCGGAUGAUGUCUUCAUCAUUGAUGAUGCGGAUGAGAUCCCUGCCCGGGACGGAGUUCUCUUCCUCAAGCUCUAUGAUGGCUGGACAGAGCCCUUUGCUUUCCAUAUGCGCAAAUCACUCUAUGGUUUCUUUUGGAAACAACCUGGCACCCUUGAAGUAGUGUCCGGCUGCACAAUAGACAUGCUGCUGACUGUCUAUGGCACAGACGGGAUCCUUCUGAGACGGCGGCAAUACUACACCAUGCCUGGCUUCCGUCAGUAUGAGAACCGCACAGGCCACAUCCUGGUCCAGUGGUCCUUGGGCAGCCCACUCCAUUUUGCGGGCUGGCAUUGUUCCUGGUGUUUUACUCCAGAGGGCAUCUACUUCAAGAUGGUAUCAGCCCAGAAUGGUGACUUCCCCCGUUGGGGUGACUAUGAAGACAAGCGGGACCUGAAUUACAUAAGGGAACUGAUCCGUACAGGUGGCUGGUUUGAUGGUACUCGGCAGGUAUACCCUCCUGCCGACCCCAGCGAACAUAUGUAUGCCCCCAAAUAUUUACUGAGAAAUUACCCACGAUUCCACUACUUGCUGGAAAAUCCUUAUCGUCAAGCUGAAGGGACAGUGGGUGCUAAGGAUGGUGUGAAGGGAAUCGAGGGGGGUGGGCUUGGCCCUGAUGGUGCCGUGGCUAGGGCAGCACAGGCAGGGGAAAUCUGAUGGCAUCAUAAGGCUGCAUGCAGAUUUUCAUUUGGGGGGGAGGGCUGGGGAAGGGAAGCAGGGAAGGCCAUAAGGGUGCUGCAGUUGGCCUGUGGGGCUAAUUGUUAUCUUAACCUCUCUCCCUUCUCAAAGAGGGAACCCCGCAUGAUCAGAACUUAGGAAGAGGGGUAGGGGGUGAGGAGACCUUAACUCCCCAGAAUGUCCCUAGUACCAACUCCAGGUAAGCCAAUAGAUGCCCUUCUCUUGAGACUAUGCCCAGGGGUAUCCUUUCAUUUCUUUCUCUGUCUUGCACAUAAAGCCUUUUCCUGGAGGAUGGAGAGAAGUAAAUUUUCUUGUUUGCAACUUCAUAUCCUUAGCCUCCAACCACAUUUUGUGGUGGCAUUGGCUAGGCAGGUAUAGGGACCAGAGGGAGAGAAGGGGCUAAAUGCUCCUCAGAACACAUGUCUAGAAAGCAUGAAUGGCUCUCACUUUCCCAUGGGAAAUCAAGUUUUGACUGAGGUCAAGGAGGUGUGGGAGAGGAAGAGGCCAGAUGCUUUAGAAACAUGGUGGGGACCAGGGAAGGGAGGGAGACUUGGGAUAGAGGUACGAAAGGAGAGUAGGGGUAGGGAAUGGGGGAGAUGUAUCUUGCCACUAGAAAUUAAGAUGGGGAGAAAGGAGCUCCAGUCCAGUGAUCCCCUCCCACUCCACAGACCAUCCCACUGUAUAUUCCAAAGGAAGGGUGAGCAAGGAUAUGUGGAACUAUGGGAGGAGGAGACAGGGUUCUGGGCUCAUUCCUCAUCCCUAGGGUCUUUUGGAGAAAUCUUGGGAAUCCUUUAGCUCCUAGACCACAUCCCUGUUGUGGCCUUCUAUUACUAAUUUAUUCUGUGGUCUUCCUUCUUAGGAGCCCCAUUUGGAAUGGCCAUGGGGGCAGAUGUUGUGGCCCUUAGGAAAUGGAGGGAAUCCGAUCACCCAUAUGUUUGUCUGUUGGGAGUAUAAGGCCGGAUAGGAACUUGGAGCAGGGGUGGGGCAGGAUGCAGCAAGAGCUUCCUUUCCCUUUAACCCACCUGGGGAGGGACAGACAGAAACACUAGCCUAUAUAGCAGACCCCCGUCUCUCCCCACUCCCAAAAUCAUGCUAGGGCCAGAGCCUACUCUCCCAGAGAGUGGACAAGGGUGUGUAGUCUGGUCAGUUCUUUUCUCCGAACUUCCAUUUCCUUGUCUGCUGAACGAGGAGGUUGGAGGAAUUGAUUUGUGGAAUCCCAGCUCUAACAUGCUAUCCACUGGCCUUCCUAAAUAUUAGUUGGAGGGCUAGGACAUACUGUUCCUCUUUUUGAGGCCUGAAGGGCCAUCACCAGAAAGGCAAUUUUCCUUUUGCUACUUGGCCCCAGGGGACAGAAGAAAAAGCAAUGGAGGGAAGUGGCAGAGAAGCAAAUUUAAGUUUCAUAGAUUUAGGACGGAAAAGGACCUUAAAGCACCUUGUUCUGUUUCUUAAACUUUUUUGGGGUCCCAGAUCCUGGUCCAGGCUGGUCUGCUGAAGCCAAUGGACCCUUCUCAGAAUCAUGUUUUUAAAUGCAUAAAUGAAUUAUAUGGAAAUGCUAUUACCAAAAUAUCUAUUUUUUAAGUUCAGGACCCCAAGUUUAAGAACUCCCAACUCAACUAUUCUCAUUUCACAGAUGAAAAAAUUGGGACAGAGAAGGGUUGACUUGAUUUUCCAAGGUCACCCAGGAAGUUAGCAGCAGAACUGGGAUCCGAACUUGGGACUUUUGCUUCUAAAUGCCAUGCUCUUUCCACUGUAGCCUCAAACUAGCCCAGAGUGAAAUGGGCUGCCCUUACUCCCCCCCCAUCUCCAAACAAAAACUGGAUGGCCUCUUAUCAGUAUGUUGGAAGAGAGCUUCUUUUAGCUAUGGGCUGACCUAAGCGCCAUUUAGGUUCCCCAAGUCUCUGAACUUGUGUAAUUCUUCUCUGCUUCCUUCCUUCCCCAUGAGGCUCCUUUUUGUCCUCUUCUUUCAUCCCCCUUCCCCUCAGUUCUUACCCCCAGAUCAGAAGAUAAUCCUUUUGGGGAUCCCCAAAGUUCAUUCUCUUUGAGGGUAGAAAAUUGCCUUGAAGAAGGGACUUCUUUCUUCAUAUCCUUCAGAUGGACAUUGUGGGGGAUAGAAGAGAACAAAGUAGCUCUUGAGGAUGAAGGAUUUCUAACCCCCAGUGGGUGGUUGGGGAAUGAGAGGAGAGGCCAGGCAGGAGGCUCCAGGCUGGGGAGAGUAAAGAAUGAAACCAACCCUCUCAUCCAGACUCCUUUCAUUCCAGGCAAGCCCGUCCCCCAAGCCAGGCUUCCCAGCUGGGCCUCUCACUCUCUCUGUGGGGGGAGAGCCUGGGAAAGUCUCCUCUCCUUUGGGAGAUAAAAACCAGCCUUUCUCCUCCCUAACUCCGACUCCCAGCAAGUUUGUGUUUGUGUGAAUGUCCUAGAGUGAGCCAUCUAGCCCUGCUCUGAGUUAGCCCUUGAUAAAUGUGUCUGAGGAUGCAUGUUUGUUUACAUAUGUAUACAGGACCCUAGGUUUAGAGCUGGAAAAGACCCCCAGGUCAUGGAGUCCAUUCCCCUGCUUUUGUAAGAAAGGAAACAUUGACAUUUCAGUCCCCUGGAGAGUUUGCCAAGCACUUUAUACAUAUCUGACCUGAUCCUUAUAACAACCUUGGGAGGUAGGUGGUCAUUGUUCUCGUUUUACAGAUAAGGGAACUGAGGCAGAUGGUGGUUAAACAGCUUGUGAAGGUCCGAAGCUAGUGAAUUUGUAAGGUAAGAUUUGAACUCAGGUCUUCCUAACAUCCAGUCUGUCGAUCUUUCUGUGAUGGCCUUCAGUCCUGCCACACUCGUGUAUUAUGGUGGGUGUGUGUAUCCCUGUCUAGGCCAGUCUGGGAUCAGGAGCCUUGGAGUCUAGUCCUGGCUUGGUUCCCUUGGUCUGUGGCCUUGGGUAAAUCACUUUCUGAAUCUGUUUCCUCUCUGUCAAAUGAGAGGGUUGGGCUAAGAUCAAUCAAUCCAGUAUCCAUGUCCAAAUAGUUCUUUGCCUCCAUGAGCUUAUGUUCUAUAGAGAAAGGUCCCUGAGGCUCUGACUUCCUGUGUAUUAUGUGAGGGAGAAUGAGCAGAGGUCUUUUGUCCAAAAUGUUCCAGUUGACCUCUCUUUGUUUCUUGGGGCAUGCCAUCUCCUCCUCACCUCCCUCCAGUGUAAACCCUGCCACCUCUCCUUUUGACUUCCAUCCCCUCAAUUGAAUACCCUCUCCCCUGAAUUCGAGAGAUGGGACAGUCAAAAGCCUUCUAGGAUGGAGUCAGAAGACCUGGCUCAGAAUCCUCCCUCCGUUCCCUGUGUAAGCAGGAGGGCAAUCUACCUUCCUUCUCUUUGGUCCUUGGUUUCUUUCCCUGUAAAACAAGGGGUUUGGUCCACGUGGCUUCUAAGGGCCCUUUGAGUUCCAAAUCUAGGAUCCUAUGAUUUCCUUGUGUCAUUUCUGCCCCUUUUCCCAACCUUCAGCUGAGACUUGGUUUUUGGUAAGGUUUUAACUGGAAGACUCAAGCUUCCUGCUUGGGAGAGCAGCAUGGGACAGUAGAAAGAACCCUGGAUUGUUUUGGGGGUAGGGGUCAUAGGACCUGGAUUGAAUCCUAGCUUUGCAACUUCCAACCUGUGUGACUUUGGACAAGUCACUGAACCUCUGGGGCUCAGUUUAUCUUAAAAUAAGAGUCAGACACUAGCCUGUAAGAUCCCUUCCAAUUCAAUAUGUGGAUGGGGGAAUGGAAUGGAGGAAUCAAAUUGCUCUCUAAUCCUAUAAUCAUUGUCCCUACCUCCUAUUUACCUCCUUACUCAGCCCCCAUCCCAAGUUGCUAAGAGGGGGAAAUGAAGGGGUAGGAGGGUCUUGAAUGCCACUGCCUGUCCUAUUGGGAGGGCCCCCUCAGCGUCCUAGAUAAAAAUGGAAACUAGGACUUAGGCCCCUAAUGUCUGAUGGGAGAAGGGGAGGGCAGGGGUAGAAGGCCAUUCUACUUCUAAGUUAGACCCCCAGGAGGGUCUGGCCAGCUCCCAGCCCCAGGAAGAGGGUGCUUCUUGAUUGAGUGUCCUGAGGUCUCCCUCAGCUGUUGGAAAACAAGCCAACACAGUUUUAGUGUGUUCCAGGCUCUGUGCUAGCCUCUGGAGAUGCAGUGACAAAAUAGCUACAGUCCUCAAGACCCUCAAGGGGCUUUUAUUCAAAGUUGCAUUUCCCUUAGGAAGGGAUUAGCCUAGGUGGCUCUUCUCUGAUCCAAACCCUAUGACUUUAGGGUCCUGUGGAAACUUGGGGAACUGGGCAGCUCUCCUCCUUAUUUUGGACCCUCCUGCCAAUUACUUCCUACACAUACCCAUAGCUGCUACAGGAAUGCACUCCUAGGGGAUUGGAAACCCCAUGGUAAGGAAUCCUGGUUUUUGAAUACACUGGUUAGGGGAUCCCUUUCUGUUCCCUGGGCUUCUGUUCUGAGUUCUCCAUCCCUUGUCCCGCCCUCCAGUCCCUGGGAUGGGAACUGAGUGGAGAGAGGCACCUGGGAAAGAGGAAGGAGAUUCACAUGCAAUAUGCAUACACUGAUUAGGGGGUUGGUGCAGAAGAGGUCUUCCAACUCCUAAAUAAUCUGAAUAAACUGAAGUCCCUGGGUCCUCCCCAAACCCCAGUGACCUGCUCAAGAUCCUUCUGUUCUCCUGAGGGGACCGGGUACAAGGGACCCCUGGGAGUGGUGGGAGGAGGAGAGGAAGGUGAGCCCUGGAAACUGAGGAGACCAGUAAUGAUGAGGGGAAUAAUAGUAAUAUUUUUUUUGUAAGGAUGAAUCCAAAUGUACACUCUGAAAUCAUUUUCUCUGUAAAUGGUUGGAUUUCAUUUCACCCUUAAAGGGAUGUUUAAAGGAGAAGAUAAUAUUAAUAAUUAAAAAAAAACAGAGCUACAAAGCCUGAAAAGAA